AAAACCAAACGUGUGAAAUAACGAUUGAAUAGGCUUGCCUAAAUAUGAACAAUACUCAAGCAUAAAUUAUACGAUUUAAUAGGCUGUAUAGUUAGUGAUCUUUUCCUGAAGAGGACAAUUUAAAAAACAACCACAAAAAAACGAAUGUGUCAACUGUCAAAGUAAUGUGUAAUGUCACAACUUGCAAGACGUUUUGUACUAAAUUUCUAUCAUUAUCAUGUAUUUGUUCGUUCUUCACGUUAAUCUAAUAUUCAGGUGAUAUUUAACUGAUAAAUGUUACUUCCAUAAUAUUAACUAAGACAAAGAUGUUAUGGAGGACAAGCCUACCUCGAAUAAGACGCCGACAUGGCAAAACUGCAUCCAUUGCCCGAACCUGCUGUUCAACAGUGCGACGGAAUUUGAAAGGCACAUUCAUCAAAAGCACAGCAUUAAAGAGGGAUCUAUAGUACUGUGUCAAUAUGGACAAAAUGGCAUUUGUUCAGCAUUACAAUUUGGAGAUUUGAGAAAGGCAGGAUUUAAAUAUCAUGUAAGACAGUACCACCUUUAUAAAACAAGUGCCACAGAUGACUGGACAUUUUAUUCUUCUUCACAAAAUCUACCUGCUGUCUUAAAUGAUCCAAAUAGAGGCAAGCAAAGUAACUUUUUUACAAAAACAUGGGGUGAUGGAUUUAUUGAAAAAAUAGACAUUUAUCCUAGUCCAUAUCUGCCUGAAAUAACUCUAUUACACUUUGAGUCAUAUUGUAAAAAGGUUUCGAAAAGAUAUAGAAGACAUUGUCAGCUAAAAGAGAUUUUGCCAAUCAAAGUAAAAACACCUGAUAAUGAGACUGUUUGUGAAAUUCCUAGUAUUUUCUAUGAGCAGUCUCUAGCACUUAAUGAUCCUGAAAACUUUAGCAAAGUUUUCCCUGGUCUCUCAAAUUCGCAAGAUAUUAACUCUACAAUAAGAUCAUUGCAAGAAACUUUAAGUACAUACCUGGAUGUGGUUGAAAUGAAGAUAUCAAAACAGGUUGCUCAGAAAUCAGAUGCUUUUUUUCAUGCUAUGCUAUCUCACGACACUAUUAUGGAACAAAUGGCAAGAGCAGUAAAAACUGUAAAAAUUACAAGAAAAGAUAUUACAGAUGUAAAACAAAAUUUAACAGAAAAUCCUUUGAAACUUAUAAGUCUAACAAGGAUUAACCACAACCUCAAUAAUGUUCAUGAACUUUUGAAGUUAAUAGCUACGGUUCAGCAAACUCAACCUAUGAUUCAACUUCUUCUAAGUACAUCAGACUAUGUAGCUGCUCUUGAUUUAAUUAGUUCUACUCAAAAGGUUCUGUCUACACGCCUAUCUGGUGUUCAAGCUUUUCGACAUUUAUCUCCACAAUUAACAGAAAUGAAAAGGUUAAUUCAUAAGAUGUUAAACAAUGAAUUUUCACGGUUUAUUGUGACUGAUCUCAAUAGGCCCCUGAAAGACCUAUCUGAGUUGCCAGAUAGAGAUAAAAUUGUAUCAAUUGUGUCUGGUAUUUUACGUUUGAGAGAGUUUGAUUUCCUUGAUAUUUUUAAAACUGAGGCAAUGACAUCUAUUCAAGCAACAAUAAAACAAUGUCUAAUAGAAAUAAUAUCACAGAGAGAUGGCAGUACAGAAAUUGUUUUAAGGGGUUCCAAUGCUGAUACUUGGUUAUUAGGUAAUGAAGGAAUCGUAUUUCUACAGAAAGUCACACCAAACAUAAUGAAUUUAUUUAAAAGGAUCUUGUCUAUAUCAAAUUUGAUACUGGACAUAAGCCAAAUGAGUGACAUUACUGGAAAUGACAGUGAAGAAAUUUGGACACAAGAAGAACUAACAUUGAUUGAAGAAAAAAUAAAAAAACUGAUAGCCUCACUUUCCGACUACAGUAAUGAAAGGUGUGCCAACCUUAUCGUGACAAAGACUGAUAAAGAAUAUGCAUUAACAAAUUUAACCCAAUUGUCUAAAUUAUCAGAAUUAACAGAGAGAUUUUCAAGAGAGUGUGAACAAAUUACAGGACAUUACAGUAAUGCAAUGAAGCUGGCAUUGAGGAGUUUUGCUAUGAAAUAUAUUCAAAAUUUACAUUCUGAGAGAAGAUUCCAGCUCACUUCUGCUCUAAAUUCUGAAAGAUGGAAGAUCGCAGAAGUGCCAUAUGAACUGCAAAGUGUUAUAAACAAAAUAUGUGAAACUGGAUCAAUUCCCUUGAUGUUGUGUUAUGAAAGUGGCAAACCAGAUGGAAAAUAUUUAAUUAUAAACAAAGAAAACUAUGCUGUAGUUGCAUCUGUACAACUAUUAAUCAAAAUAUUAUUUGAAUACUGUGAUGCAAGUAAACAAUCUCCAGAUAUAGUUCAAUAUUUAGUGCAUUGCAUGUUGGAGCUUACCAGAUUGUAUAAUUCACGAUGUUGCCAGUUAGUUCUAGGGGCAGGUGCAAUACAAAGUGCAGGCUUAAAAACAAUUUCCACAUCCAAUCUUGCUUUGGUAUCUAGAUCACUGCAAGUUAUUUUAUGGCUUUUGCCUUUAAUAAUUAAAUUGUUAGAGAAAAUACACUCCAAAGAGCUCUCUCUCAAUGGUUUUAACAGCAUAGAAAAUGAUAUUGCUGGACAUAAAAAAGAAAUAGAACAUAAAAUUUGCAUAAUAGUGAGUAACAUGUUAAGUUCACAACUAGGUGGCUGGGAAGCAAAACCUCCAGUCCCUUCUCAAACAUUCCGCAAUAUAUCUAAACAUUUAGUUAAACUACAUGAAGCCCUAAUUGAUAUUUUGCCCUUAGAACAAAUUCGCAAUAUAUACAUGAAAGUGCAUGAUAACUUUAAAGACAAACUGCGAGAACAAUUAGUUAAAAUGAACAUAGUUGCAAAUGGUAGUCCUCAACAUGGUGUUGUGACAUCUGAAUUGACAUUCUACUUGCAGACUCUCAAAACACUAAGAGUUAUUAAUGAGCAUGAUACAGAAGAUAACAUAUUAUAUGACAUUUGGUUAAAUUAAUAAAAUCCUUUAUAUGUUGGUUGUCUAAAAACCAAAGAUUA